GCCGCGCCGGCCGUUUCCGGGUCAGCGCCCGCCCCGGCGAGCGCGGCGGAGGGAGGAGCAGCGGCGGGCCCGGCCCGGCCCGGCCCAGCCCCGCGCCGCCGCCAGAUUCAUUACAGAUAUGACUGGCUAGCUGCUGUGCUGCUCCUAUGCCCCAGCACUUCCUGCCCUGUGAUUUCAGAUAGCAAACACAAGAAGUGAAUUGCAACACGUGUGGUGAGAAACCAAAAGCAACUUGCCUUUAUUGAGUUCUCAAGAACAUAAUCGACCACUUGGUACACUAUAAAGAUGCAUUAGGAAACUGGAUACGGUGCCAAAAGAACUCCACGCAUUUCCAUGACUCUCUUGGACCCUGACUGAGAUACUUUUGGAUUACCUAUUUCUAUUCCAAGGACAAGAGUGCACGCUCAGAUUCCUUUCUGCCAGCUCUCUGGCAGAGAGAUUUUUCUAAGAUCAUGGACCAUCCCAAUAGGGAAAAGGAUGAAAGGCAGCGGACGACGAAAGGGAUGCCAGGGAGGAGCGGUCAUGGUUCUCGGCCGAGCUCGUCUGCGUCUUCAGGCGUUCUUAUGGUGGGGCCCAACUUCAGAGUGGGCAAGAAGAUUGGGUGUGGGAACUUUGGAGAGCUCAGACUAGGCAAAAAUCUCUACACCAAUGAAUAUGUAGCGAUCAAACUGGAACCAAUAAAAUCACGAGCACCGCAACUCCAUUUAGAAUACAGAUUUUAUAAACAACUUGGAAGUGCAGCUGAAGGGCUUCCCCAGGUUUAUUACUUCGGACCGUGUGGAAAGUACAACGCCAUGGUACUAGAGCUGCUUGGUCCUAGCUUGGAAGACUUAUUUGACCUCUGUGAUAGGACGUUCACUCUGAAGACGGUAUUAAUGAUAGCCAUCCAGCUGAUAUCUCGAAUGGAAUACGUGCAUUCGAAGAACCUCAUCUACCGAGAUGUCAAGCCAGAAAACUUCCUUAUUGGCCGGCAAGGCAAUAAGAAAGACCACGUCAUUCACAUCAUAGACUUUGGAUUGGCGAAGGAGUACAUUGAUCCAGAAACCAAAAAACACAUACCUUACAGGGAACACAAGAGCUUAACUGGAACAGCAAGAUACAUGUCCAUCAACACUCAUCUUGGCAAAGAGCAAAGUCGUCGAGAUGACUUGGAAGCCCUUGGCCAUAUGUUUAUGUAUUUCCUCCGAGGCAGUCUACCCUGGCAAGGACUGAAGGCUGACACCUUAAAAGAGAGGUAUCAGAAGAUUGGGGACACAAAGAGAAACACUCCGGUUGAAGUUCUCUGUGAGAACUUUCCAGAGGAGAUGGCCACGUACCUCCGUUAUGUUAGGCGAUUAGACUUCUUUGAGAGACCAGACUACGAUUAUUUACGAACCAUCUUCACAGAGCUGUUUGAAAAGAAAGGCUACACCUUUGACUACGCCUAUGACUGGGUCGGCAGGCCAAUUCCUACUCCAGUGGGAUCGGUUCACGUAGAUUCUGGGACGUCUGCAGUAACAAGAGACAGCCACGUCCAUAGGGAUCGACCAUCGCAGCAGGCCCUUCGCAAUCAGGCGUCAUCAGAUCGCCGAGGAGAGUGGGAGAUCCAGCCAAGCCGGCAGACGAAUACCUCGUACUUGACAUCUCAUUUGGCUGCAGAUCGGCAUGGAGGAUCAGUACAGGUGGUUAGCUCGACAAACGGGGAGCUGAAUGUGGACGACCCGACGGGGGCACACUCCAAUGCACCCAUAACAGCGCAGGCAGAGGUGGAAGUGGUGGAGGAAGCUAAGUGCUGCUGCUUCUUCAAGAGGAAACGGAAGAAGACAGCUCAGCGUCACAAGUGACCGGUGCCUCCUGGGCCUUGCAGGAACGCCACCUGCACCUGCGGCUCCUGCCCUGUCUAACUGGAAGGGGCUUCUCUUUAGGGGGGAGGAGGAGGCAUAGGAGGAAGAGAAAAAAAAAAGUGACAUUUUAAACCAAAAAGAGAAGAAAACGUUCCAAAACAAACCACUCUGGGGUGGAUCUGCUGAAUGGUCUCCCUCGUUCACUCCAAGCCUGAAGCUCCUUUUGGGACCAGGACUGUGGCUGGCUCAGGUCUUGGUCGCCCUGGGAGGGGGGCUGGCUGGCUGACCCUCCUUCCCGUUGUUUACGGCGAAGGCAUCGUUCAUGCAAACCUGAGGACUGUGCUUAGUUCCUGCUCACUUUACUCCCCUCCCUCCCCUGCGCUCUCGGCUCCUCCGUCCUCCUCCCUCCUUAAUUAAGAAAAGAAAUACUGUCGGCUCGUUUGGCUCUCGAGAGGGCAGGAGGAUGCAGUCUGGGCGAGAGAGUCGCGUGGGAGAAGGGCCUGACUGCUGCAGCAGUAAGACACAGGUUCCCUUUUAGGCUCCUUGGGAACAGUUACACUGUAAUGUGCAAGCUGUGAGAAAUUUGCAAUCUACUGUUCCAGUUAGGUUUUCUGGCUCCCCUCGACACCUCCCUCCUCUGAUGGUAACAGAGCAAUGUGGAUUGUUUUAAAGAAACUGACGUUGUUGCACUUUUUAUUAUUUUUAGCAUUACAGAUGCACAUUGUAUCUGUGGAUUUCUGCGUGGACAAGUGGUGCCAGCGCAGACAGACAUUCAGCUGGGAAUGCGGUGGGGUGCAGAGAAUGCCCACAAGUGGGGAUGUUGACAACAUCCGCACAACCCUCGUGCCAGUUUGGGGCUCUCAAAGCCCGCCUUGGGCCAUGCGCUGGGGAAAGCAUUACUUGAAUUUUCAGUCACCCUUUCUAGCUGCCAGUGAAUGUCCGUACCAUGGUUUCCUACGCCGUGCCUGACCCAAGCAGCCUGGAGAGGAAAGGCCGCCGCCGGGUGUUGGCAGGAGGGAGUGGUGUCAGCUUUGCUGAGCUGGAGGAGGUCGCUCUGGCCAAAGGGGCAGAUCAGGAUUAAGGUACCUGGGAACCCGGUGUUUCCCAAACCGCAGGCAUCUCUCGGUGCGUAACCGGGCAGCCUUCUCAAACCCCUCUGGUAGGGUGGUUGUGAACACGCACCUUCUGCGAGAAAACGUUAGCAGGAGCAAAGCUUCCCCAGCAGAGGUGGGAAUGCUUCACUGCCUUAAUACUGAUUUCAUCUCCAGAUGGUCAGAUGGGUUUGACUGGAAUAGCCUUCACGUCCCCUCUGCAAGCUCCCGCCCUGCAGAGGAAGCCACGGUUCUCAUGCACCGCUUUUGAGCCAAACCCAUAGCUAGCAAAGGGCUUGGGGCACUUUGCGCAGGCGUAAAACCUUGCAUCCUGCUGCAGCGUUUCCACCUCGAGGAGGCUGAGGUUGCUCGAGGGUUAUCGUGGACGUGGCAGGGCUCUGGGUGAACUCGAGCAGCUUUUGGGGAGGCUGUGAAUAGGUUCCUUGUGCUUUCUUUUCACGCGUGACACCUGACCAGGCUGGGACUGUUCGCUUGAGGGCCUUCACUUGUAAACUCGGGCCUGGCUCACCCCAGUCCCUGAAUUCCCUGGAGAGUAUGAAGGGAGGAAAGGGCGAGACUGGAUCUCAUUACCUGUUCUUAAACGAUAAUCUGUGCAGCUUGGAGCUCGUGUAGUGGCACUCACGGAAGGUUUGGUUCCCCUUGCUGGGCAGAAGCAGGCUGAGGGGGCAGGAGAUCAUCCUGAGCAGGGAGCCCCUGGGCUCGCUCUCUGUGCUUCCUCGAAGCAGGCACGCAGCGGUGCGGCAUCAGCAUGGCAAAGCCUCGCUUCUUGGCCAGGAUCCCUUUUGGGUGUCUCUUAGCCAUCCUCUGCCAAGUUCUCUCGAUGCCUUACCCUGACGGAGCACGGCUCUCAGGCGUGGCUGCACCUUCCUCUCCCCGGCAGCACCCUAGGCUGCAGGCUGGCUUGCUCUCCGCUUGCGCACCCACCAGGAGAUGCGUGCACCCCCGUUCUCGCUCUGCAAAGUGCUUUCCUCCAGGUGUAACGUGGCCCGGGGCAGGAAGGGACCAUCCAUCUCCUGCACGCAAGUGCCGGGGCACUUUGUUCUCUCUUCCCCUCCCACUAGAGGGAGGACAGGGACCGGCUGUGUUCCACCCUUCUCUUUUCGAGCUCCUCCGCUGCGGGUGGCUCCCAGAAGUCCCACGUCUCUGGCACAGGCUGUAGGAAACCUCUCAGCUGUAGGAAACCAUGGUUUGGCGUCUUGGGGGGGGAAGGGGGCACAGGCGCUCCCUGGGGAGCGGCCCCGUGUGCUGCAGAUGGAGCUGGGCCCUGAGACACUUCUGUUGCUGCCCUCCCAAGCCCCACUAAGUGCCUGUCACCAGAACUCGAUUCCUUCUGCAUCUCCUGCCGUGUUUGGUCAUUCCUCGCUGCGUCCGCUCAAGGAGCAGCUUGUAGUUGCAGCAUAUGUAAGUGUUUGCAGGGUGAGGGAGGGCGGGGGGAAAGGGGCCAUCUCAACAGUUUUUGUUCUUAAAUGUUUUUUUUAAAGUGAAUGUAUUUGAUUGUUUAGAAACUUUCCUGACCUUGUUUUUAAGUGGGUUGGUUUGAAAGCUAUUUCACGAUGACCCGCUACUGCUUAUCUCUGGAGAUACGAUGUUCUUUUAAUCCUAUGAAGAUGUGUUUGUAGGGGAGGACUGUCCCCCCACGGCAUGCUGGUAAUGCUCACUUGUACCAAGCCCUCUUGCACUAUAAUCGUACGUUGGACUCUUCGAAAGGGCAAAGAUGUUGUGUGGUGUUUUUUUUUAAAAAAAAGGAAAGAAUGUAGGUUAACAGUAAGUCCCGUGCUUGAGGAAUCUGCUGUCCCCAGGGAGUCUGGAGGUGAUGAGGAGACACAAGCCAGACUGAGCCAACUGUUCAGUGCUAGGAAGUAGGGCAUUAAUCCUACCUGGGCAAGCUCCCCUUUCCUUGCUGGAAGUCGCUAGCACCUGGGAGACCCCCAGGGUGCAUGGGGGCUCGGGUCAGCUCUGAGCAGCGUGGCGGGGAGCGCCUGGCGCUGCACCGACCUCCCAGGCAUAGCCCUCCUGCAGUGUGGCCCACCAACGUUGCGAUGCAGUCUUCUGAGGUGUCAAGUGAGAUAUUUUUUUUUCAAUAAAACAUUGCACUGCUGCAUUGUUCUCCAUGAAUAGAUGUAUUUAUUACCCCUUCCUG